CGAACUGAUGCAGGAACUAGUAAAAGAAAUCAACAGUGCCAAAACGAAAAUGCUGGGCAUUCUAGCCGGCUUCGGAGUAACGACAGGAGUUCAGAGGGCAGCACGGAUGUGGGCUACGUUACUGAAAGCAGGAGAAAAGGUAGCUGCCGCCCUGGAUUUUGAUGUGGAUAAGGGGGCGCUGUUAGAGUGUGUCAAAAAACACGCACGCUUCACCAGUGGAUACCAGCAGCAAGUCAACAUGUGACCGCUUGCUACGAAUGCUGCGUUGACUGCCACAGACAUGCCCACCGUGACCUUUCCUAAGAAGCCAAACGCGCCCACCGAGCGCGUGGUGCACGCUUUGGAUAGUUUUUUGGAACUCAUCGCGUUGCUGCGCCAGCAUAAGGCCGAAGAGCUGCCUUGGAUCCUCAAACCGAGCCACACGCACGGCGAAGAUUUUUACGUCGCGAUUAUCAAAAAAGCGGCGGUCGAUUCGGCGUCCAAGCUUUCGAAAUUACAUCUUACUAUAUGCUUUGAAAUGCUAGAGCGCCAACCGGGUGUGAUCAAGGAUCAUCCAGUUAAAUACCCUGGACGCAAAGGGUUCGAUGAGCGAUAUUAUCAACAACGAAGCUUCUACGUUCCGCAUGCGCUUUUCAACUCAGCGCAGUUAGCAAAAUUGGCCGGACGAAGUAAGAAGAUUGAGAUCGGAGGCCCCGAGGAUCAGCCUCCUGCUGCGGGUGUAGCGGAUUUGGACGAUCUUCAGAGUUCGGCUAUUCCUGUUGAAGGCGCUUUUUGCCCAGCGCUUUCCAGUACUUUUCUUGGAGACGGUGAGCAAAAUCCGGGAAACAUCAAUGGUGCUGUCGACAUUGCACCCGAAGCAGUAAUGCCGUUGCCGGACUUGCAAACGGAUGAAACCAUGGUUUUGGGUACUUCAGCAAAAGAAACUGAACCGGAUACUUCAGACGAUGAAGGCAUAGAUGGUAUUGCUUCUGCGACGUUGCACAACUCUGACGCAGAUAAUGACGCCAAUCGGAAAUCGGACACUGUGAAAUUAUGCACUUCGCAGCCCAGUCUACCCAUAUUAGGCACGGACAAUCCUUCCGGAGAAGGCAACGGAGCGGAGGGGGUUGACCCGAUUCUCGAAGCGCUUAAGCCUAUCAUUUCGUCAAAUAACAAUUUGCCAAAAACUGCCGUGGCACUGGGAGAACGUUUUGCAAUUCUGAGUGGAGAACUUCUUCAAGAUGCUUGCGCCAAAUGUUAUGAAAAAAUUCCGCAGUUGGGUUGUCCAUCUGAAGCUACUGCUGCAAGUUCUUCACUGUCAAAAUUUUUUUCCUGUUCCACCAGUGGUUUACAUUUUCACGGGCCUGCAUUAACGUUCCAUCAAUGAACACGCGACAUGGAAAGAAGCAGCAAGUUCCAGCGGACGGGGAGUGGAAGUGUCCAUUUUGCGCAACGAAUUCGCGUAAGCGUGCUGCGAAGAACACCGGAGGCCCACGUAAAAAGUGAACACUCGUUGCUGUUGCUAUUAUGCAGUGUGGUAAUUCCUUAUUUUAAUAUACAAUAAUUUAAAACGUGCCCGUUAAAUAGCCAUCAUGUUUAAAAGUAUAUAUUUCGAAUGGAUUAGUAUUUCAUUUUAUCAGAUUGAAAUAGUCGCAUUCAA